CUUCUUCCUCUUGCCCAUAGUAGCCAUGGCGGCCAUGAGUUUGUUGCAACGGGUUUUGGUUACCGCGGUGGCAGCUCUGUCUGGCUGCCCCCUUGGCACUCGCCUCGGAUUUGGGGGCUUCCUCACUCGUGGCUUUCCGAAGGCUGCUGCUCCUGUUCCACACAGUGGAGACCAUGGGAAAAGGCUAUUUGUCAUCAAAUUCUAUGACAGGCAUUUUUUGAAGUUAUUGAGAUUCUACAUUGCAUUAACUGGGAUUCCAGUAGCAAUUUUCAUAACUCUGGUGAAUGUAUUCAUUGGUCAAGCUGAACUAGCAGAAAUUCCAGAAGGCUAUAUCCCAGAACACUGGGAAUAUUAUAAGCAUCUCAUAUUGAGAAAUUAUGGGAUUGCCCAUAAUUUCUAUGAUAGUCCUGAAAAGAUGUAUGAAAGAACAAUGGCCAUCCUUCAGAUUGAAGCUGAAAAGGCUGAAUUACGGUUAAAGGAGCUGGAAGUACGAAGAUUGAUGCAUGUGAGAGGAGAUGGACCCUGGUAUUAGUAUGAGACAAUUGACAAGGAACUUAUUGAUCAUUUUCCAAAAGCAACUCCUGACAAUUAAGCAUUUUUUUUC